GCCCGGGCUGCGCGGGGCGCUGCUGCUGUUGCUGCGCCUGGGCCAGCUCCUGUGCCCAGGCCAGGCCCUCAGCUCAGCGCCCAGCGUCCUGUUCACCACGGCGAACAUCAGCACACCGGUGAUGACCACAGCGUGGGGCAGCGACAGCCCUGCGACCUCAGAGGAUGUCACGACCCGGGCGGGAACUACAGAGCUCAGCCCGACGCCCACGGGGCCCAGCGCUUCUCCCACUCUGUCUACCACGCUGCCCGGUGAUCCUGAAGGGACGUCGUCGCCAUCGCCCAUGCCUGGAGGGCCAGGUCUGCACCUGACGACCCCAUACACAGUCUCUGUAUCUCCAGGGAGAGACAACCAGUCCUGGGAGGGGCCCACUUCCACAAGUGUCACAACAGAGCCUCUUCCAGUGUCCGGCCUGAGCGUGGCCUUCAUGGGGGAGACGCAGGUCAUCCUCACCUGGCGUAGUGACAAUGACAACGUGUCCUGCCGGCUUCUUCUUGAAAGUCUCGGAAGUCAGGAGCUGUGGACCAACAUUUCAGGCCUGAUGCCUGGAUUUUGGCGAGUCACCCUCGAUCUUUUGCAGUCAAAUGAGACACAGAACAAAGCUUUGGAUCUGGAAGGGGGCUCAGGCCCGGCUUCUGGCCCGGAGACCCGAGACACGGAAGUCCUGAUCACAGGGUUGAAGAGGGACGCGCAGUACAGAGCCACCGUUUACCCUCAGGCGGCGGAUGGCACGGAGGGAGCCCCCUGCAACCUCGAGUUCAGAACAAAUUCUGAGCAGGUGUCGGCCAUCAAAGCCGUGAAUGUCAGUGCCACAAGCCUUAGCCUGACCUGGAAUAUGAGCCACAGCGGGUCAUCCUCCCCCUACACCUAUGAGAUCUACGUGGUCGGGAACACCGAGUCCCUCAAUGUCAGUGCCAAUGAGACUUGGGCUGACAUCCAUGGCCUCAACUCAAGCUCCCUGUACAACAUCACAGUGCGUCCUUUCCUGCGAGGGGCGGAGGGCACACCGGGUUUCCUCCAGGUGUACACUGCUCCUUUUCCAGUCUCUGACUUUCGAGUGACGCAUGUAGGCACGCGGGAAAUUGGCUUAGCUUGGAACAGCAGUGACUCAGAGUCCUUUAAAAUCGUCACAACCCAGGACAUGUCUGGAGAAGUUAACAGCACCAACACCAAUGACCAGUGGAUUUUCAUUGAGUACUUAAGGCCCGCAACCAGCUACCGUUUUGAGAUAUUUCCACAAGGACCCAACGGGACUGAAGGGGAAGGCAGAGUCGUCCACAUUAGCACUGCCUCCAGCGCGGUGUUUGACAUCCGAGUAGUCAACGUCAGCAGCACGGGCAUGGUGCUGGAGUGGCGGAACACCGACGGCGCCUCGGAAUACGUCUACCACGUGCUGAUCCAGUCUGGCUUCAACUCGAGCGAGAGGAACAGCUCUGAGAAGACCGUCUCGCUGUGGGGCCUCCUCCCGGGCACUCCCUAUAACAUCACCAUCUCUCCUGAGGCGGACCAGGUCCGGGGCAACUCCAGCACCAUCUCACAGUACACGCGGCCCAGCAGUGUGUCCAGUAUUCACGUAAACCCCAACGCCACGGAGGCUUGCCUGAGCUGGGAGAGCCUGGACGAAGCCUCCCCUACCUACUCCUACCACCUUCUCUUCUUGGAGGACGGAGAUCCCGGGGGUGCCAUGUGGAACAUCACUGUCACUGGAGACACACAUGAGAUAGUCCCUGGAUUAGUACCAGGCUCACCUUACACCGUGAAGAUCUUUGCAGAGGUCGGGGGCGUUGAGUCCCUGGUCCCUGGUGAGGCGAGCUUCUGCACGGAGUCAGCCCCCGUGGUCUCCUUCCAGUGCCAUGUGGUCCCGCGGAACUCCAGCUUGGUCCUGACGUGGGGCCGCCCUCCGGGCAACCACACCGGCUUCCAGCUGGAGCUCAGCAGCGGGGCCUGGGAGGUGAAAAGCCUGGAGCACGGCUGCCUAGACAACAGCACUGACUGCAGGGUGGAAGUCCCACAUUUGAAUUUCUCCACGUGGUACAACAUCAGCAUCGCCACCGAGUCCUGUGGGGCUAGAGCAGCCGCCGCCCACAGCACCUGCCUCACCGGCAUCACAGACCCCCCCGUCCCAGAAGGCUCCCCGAACAUCACAUCCAUCAGCCACAACUCUGUGAAGGUGUGGUUCAGUGGGUUCGAAGCCAGCCACGGCCCCAUCAGAGCCUACGCCGUGGUGCUCACCACCGGGGAGGCUGGCCGCCCUUCUCCAGAUGUUCUGAGAUACACCUAUGAGGAUUUCAAGAAGGGCGCCUCGGAUACCUAUGUGACCUACCUUGUACACACGGAGGAGAAGGCGCGGUCCCAGGGCUUGCCCGGGGCCUUGAGAUAUGAGAUCAACGUGGGGAACGAGUCCACCACCUGGGGCUACUACAACGGGAAGCUGGAGCCGCUGGGCUCUUACCGGGCCUGUGUGGCUGGCUUCACUAACAUCACCUUCAGCCUUCAGCGUGACGGACUCAUCAACGGGACCGAGAGCUACGUGUCCUUCAGCCCCUACUCAGAGGCUGUUUUCUUGCCCCAGGACCCAGGUGUCAUCUGCGGAGCUGUAUUUGGAUGCAUCUUUGGUGCCCUGGUCAUCGUGGCAGUGGGAGGCUUCAUCUUCUGGAGAAAGAAAAGGAAAGAUGCAAAGAACAAUGACGUGUCCUUUUCUCAAAUUAAACCUAAAAAGUCCAAGUUGAUCAGAGUGGAGAAUUUUGAGGCUUACUUUAAGAAGCAGCAAGCGGAUUCCAACUGCGGGUUUGCGGAGGAGUACGAGGAUCUGAAGCUGGUUGGAAUCAGUUUGCCUAAGUAUGCUGCCGAGCUGGCUGAGAACAGAGGGAAGAAUCGUUAUAACAACGUUCUGCCUUAUGAUAUUUCUCGUGUCAAGCUUUCCGUCCAGACCCAUUCUACUGAUGACUACAUCAAUGCCAACUAUAUGCCUGGCUACCAUUCCAAGAGAGAUUUUAUUGCCACGCAAGGACCUUUGGUCAAUACUUUGAAAGAUUUUUGGCGUAUGGUCUGGGAGAAGAAUGUGUACGCCAUUGUUAUGUUGACCAAGUGUGUGGAGCAGGGAAGGACCAAAUGUGAGGAAUACUGGCCUUCUAAGCAGGCCCAGGACUAUGGGGACAUAACUGUGGCAAUGACAUCAGAAAUUGUUCUCCCGGAAUGGACCAUCAGAGAUUUCACAGUGAAAAAUGUCCAGACAAGUGAUAGCCACCGGCUGAGACAGUUCCACUUCACCUCCUGGCCUGACCAUGGCGUCCCCGACACCACAGACCUGCUCAUCAACUUCCGGUACCUGGUUCGUGACUACAUGAAGCAGAGCCCUCCAGAGUCCCCAAUUCUGGUGCAUUGCAGUGCGGGGGUUGGCAGGACCGGCACCUUCAUCGCCAUUGAUCGCCUCAUCUAUCAGAUCGAGAACGAGAACACCGUGGAUGUGUACGGCAUCGUGUAUGACCUGCGCAUGCACCGGCCCCUCAUGGUGCAGACCGAGGAUCAGUAUGUUUUCCUCAACCAGUGCGUCUUGGAUAUCGUGCGAUCUCAGCAGGACUCCAGAGUGGAUCUCAUCUACCAGAACACCACGGCGAUGUCUAUCUACGAGAACCUGGAGCCGGCGGGCGUGUUCGGGAAGACCAACGGCUACAUCGCCUGACUGCACAGCGGAGCUGGGGCGGCGCGCCGCCACCCACGGCCGGCCGGGGAGCUCGCUGGUGCACCCGACCGACCGGCUCUCGGCUUUCUGUUCUGCUCCGCUAGAAGCGCGGCGGGCAGGGUGCGAGCCGAGCUGUGAAGCCCGGCGGCCGUGGGCUGGGGCGUCGGGCGGGGGUGAGGACCCCAGCGGUCGCUCACGUUCCCGAAGACCAAGGGCGAGAGUGCUCUUCUCAUUUCCUUGAAAAUUGUGGAAAACCUGGAAAAGUGAGCUCUGAUUUUUUUUUUCUUCCCAGAACAGGUUCUUAACAAGAACAGCAACAAGAACAAGAACAACAGCAAAAGACUGUAGGUGAUUCUCAUGCUCCAGCCAGGGUUUUGUUGGGUUGAAUAUAUUUUAAGUAUCAGAGGUCUAUUUUUACCCACUGUGGCUUGGGAUUGAGCUGAUGGAAAACACAUUUGCGGGAGGUUCUUGUGUCAGGAGGGGUCCGGGGCGCCUCUUCCGGCUGGGUUUUCUAUUUGAACAUGUGCCUUUUCUGAAUUAUGCUUCCACAGGCAAAACUCAGUAGAUUUCUCUAUUUUUGUAUUGAAUCUCAUAAUUGGAAUAUAGGGAAUAUUUAAACAGUAGUUUAGCACGGAGGUCCGCCUUGUAACAUGCUGGUCCUCACGGGUGCGAAGAGGCCCCUCCCCCCAGUUUCCCGUGGAGACUUCUGUGGCAGCAUUUCCAGCCCGUGGGUUGGGUGAGAACGAGACUGUCACCCAGAGCCUCCCUGUGGCGGGCAGGCACAGCCCAGGGAUCCGUGGGUGACAAACUCCUGUCCCGGUUCCUGUCUUCUUCCUUUUCUCCUUUCUGUCUUUGGUAAAAAGGAUUAUUUAAAGGUGCAAUAUGUGACUUGUGAUUCCUGAUGCUCUGGGUUUUUAGUAACGUUCUACUCAGGUUGGGGUUUUUAUGUGUGUCCGUGUAUGUGUGUGUGUGCGCGCGCGCGCAUUUUUAAAAGCGUGGCAAUCUGUGAACACUUCAGUGUGAACUCAGUGUUGGAUGAGUCCUUCCUGCCCUGAGGUCUGCUGGCUGUAGUCUGUCUGCAGUGACACACGUUGGUAUCUACUGUAUAUAUAAAUCCUAAACUCCUACGUCAGUCAUUCCUAGGAAUUGAGGUGUACAAAGUUUGAUUUGUAUCAAAGAUGUAAUUAUUAUUUUUUAAACCUCUUUUCACUCUACUGCUGCUGUAAUUACUUUGAUUUUUUUUUAGUAGAUUAAUUUUUUUUUUUUUU